ACCCUAAAAGCUAGUCAGGCGAUUUAAUUGGACUACUUCAAUUCCUUUUUCCGUUCAAGAUGGCGGGUGACGAGUCUGGAGUAACGCUGGGCCAACCACAUCUAGCAAAACAAGACCUUAGUAGCUUAGAUGUGAGCAUACUGACUCCUCUAUCUCCCGAGGUCAUUAGCAGACAGGCUACCAUCAAUAUUGGUACCAUUGGCCAUGUGGCACACGGGAAAUCUACUGUAGUGAAGGCCAUCUCCGGUGUGCACACUGUCAGAUUCAAAAAUGAACUGGAGAGGAACAUCACCAUCAAAUUGGGAUAUGCCAACGCUAAGGUCUACAAACUGGAGGAUCCCAGCUGCCCUCGGCCUGAAUGUUACAGGUCAUGUGGAAGUAGCACUCCUGAUGAAUUUCAAACAGACAUACCUGGCACAAAGGGCAACUUUAAACUUGUCAGACAUGUUUCAUUUGUAGACUGCCCUGGUCACGACAUUCUGAUGGCCACUAUGCUGAACGGCGCUGCUGUCAUGGACGCUGCUCUUCUUCUAAUUGCCGGCAACGAAUCCUGCCCACAGCCUCAGACAUCUGAACAUCUGGCUGCCAUUGAAAUCAUGAAGCUGAAACACAUCCUGAUACUGCAGAAUAAGAUCGACUUGGUGAAGGAGAGUCAGGCUAAGGAACAGUAUGAACAGAUCCUGGCCUUCGUACAAGGGACAGUGGCUGAGGGAGCCCCCAUCAUUCCUAUUUCGGCACAGUUGAAGUACAACAUUGAAGUGGUUUGUGAGUACAUUGUGAAGAAGAUCCCUGUGCCUAUUCGUGACUUCAUCUCUGAGCCCAGACUAAUUGUCAUCCGAUCCUUUGAUGUCAACAAGCCUGGAUGUGAAGUGGAUGACCUGAAGGGGGGUGUGGCUGGUGGCAGUAUUCUCAAAGGAGUGCUGAAGGUGGGACAGGAGAUUGAGGUCAGGCCUGGUAUCGUCUCAAAGGACCAUGAAGGGAAGCUGAUGUGCAAACCCAUCUUCUCAAAGAUCGUGUCCCUGUUUGCUGAACACAACGACCUUCAGUAUGCUGUGCCUGGUGGCCUGAUUGGUGUGGGCACAAAGAUUGACCCAACACUGUGUCGGGCUGACCGUAUGGUGGGGCAGGUUCUGGGUGCUGUCGGAGCAUUGCCAGAGAUCUUCACGGAGCUGGAGAUCUCGUACUUUCUGUUGCGGCGACUGCUGGGCGUGCGCACUGAAGGAGACAAGAAGGCAGCAAAGGUUCAGAAACUCUCAAAGAACGAGGUGCUGAUGGUCAACAUAGGAUCCCUGUCAACUGGCGGUCGUGUGAGUGCUGUGAAGGCUGAUCUUGCCAAGAUUGUGCUCACAAACCCUGUAUGCACAGAAGUAGGGGAGAAGAUUGCCCUAAGUCGUAGAGUAGAGAAACAUUGGCGUUUGAUCGGUUGGGGACAAAUCAGGAGAGGAGUGACCAUAACACCCACAGUGGACGACGACUGAGACGCUUGCUGAAAGUGUGUGUUUAGAAUCGCCCAUCAGCGAGACAUACUUAUUAAACCAUUUUACUACACCAUGCAGCUGGUGAGCUGCAGAGUUCAGGGCAAAGGGAGGGAAGUGAUCUCUCAGGUGGGGAGAGAGGAGGGAAGGUCUUGGGUUGAGAUGAAAUAUUAUCUUGAUCGCAAGACUGGCCCGAUUUCUACAUGCUACCCCAAGCUAAUGGCAGGGUUACACAGGUUUCACAACUAUAGUAAACAUCUUUCAAUUAUAUCUAAUAAAAUGUUUUGGAUCAAA